CUAUAAUUCACUUGUUAGAGACUAUUAAAUGUUAUUGAAGGUCUGAUUUAAAAGUUGUACAUAAAACUUGUAAAAAGCUGGAAGAAGAAAUCGGCAUAUAUAAGUGCAACAUUAUCAACUAAAUUAAAUAAACUUCAUAAAGCAAAAAUGGAGAUUAUGGAAGAUGGGAAUUUGGUCGAUCGUGUGAGAAUUUUAUUGCAACGGGACAUGCAAUAUUACCAGGAGAUGCAAACCGUUCUAAGGGAACCCGUCUGCAUUCGAAUCAGUGGCGGUAAGCUCGAUUUUCCUCGACACGCUUCAUUCGCCGCGAUUAAAAUCGUCACGUGGUGGGAAGCGGACUUCGUAGCCGCUUUCAAACGCGCUUCCGGACUGAGCGUCGCCGAAAACGAAACUACGUCCAGCGUUGACAGCGAGGAUGGUGUUAUUAAACGGAUCCAGCCAUCCGAAUUUAUUCUGCUCGUUGUCGACACCGCCGAGCAACUGCUAGAACAUCUGCACACGUUGAUUCAGGAAUCCUUGGAUCACGCUGAUCUCACCGUGCUCACCGCCACUUUGGGCGCAGCGGCAUUGAUUCGUAACUGCUUGUGGUGUUACAAUCAGCACGCAAAAGGAACAAUCUCUUCUCAAUCAAGCGAAAAAAUUAAUAAAUCUCACAAAGCAUUUCACGAAAUGGCCGAAGCCGUGGCAGAGAGGCUGCUCGAUCUACACUGUCGAUUAAUUUCCUUAUACAUUCUCAAUGAGGCGGACUCACUCAGCUGGCACAGCAACAAACCAUUUUUCGAAAGGGAACGAUGCUCCUACGUCAUACAGAUGUGGUGGCUGUACAUGCAAGGUACUAAGGCGGAUUUAUGGAACACAGUCUCGCCUAAGAUGGCACAGCGCGUCUUCUCAGAAAUGCUAAAUGAAUCGCUGUCUAUCAUAACUACGCGAUUCAUUCACGGACGACCGACACUGGCACGAUCCGAGCAAUUUUGGACGGAUGCCUUUAAUGUGCUUUGCUGCACGGGCUAUCUCGCUUUAGGUGCCUGUGUCGACAGCAAUGGAAUGAUUGGCGCACGCCCGAACCACUUGCCGACAGUGAUAAGAGAUAUACACGCAAAAUGUAACGAACUGUUGAUCUGCUUGCUGCUUAGAGGCACACCUCUCAAAGAAUUGUAUCAGAUCUUCCGACACGGACUAGAAAAUCUGGCAAUAUUGCGGCCUCGACAAGGUCCUGCUCCAUGGCUAUUGAUAUGCGCUCCAAAUUUAUUAGGAUUAAGCGCGACUGACUCUCCAACUGACAUUGUGACAUUAUCCGAGGAUAAAACUGUUAUACUUGAAUUAAAUGUCUUAAGGCACCAGCCUCAACCUAACUGGCCUCAAUUGAUGAAGGUAAUAUCGAUGAGCAAUUACGCUGUGGCAAGGAUGUUGUUGAAAACCUUAGUACGCCAGAACGUGGGCGUAACGUGCGUGGACGACGACGUAGUUAACAAAUCGAAGAAAGGCGAAAAAAGUUGCAGCGGCUUUUUAUGCAACGGAUCGGCAUGCGACAAAGAGCUAAAAAUAACUUCGACUCUGGUAUUAUACAGCUUAUUUCACGUAUUGGUGGUAACCGUUAAUGAGCCGGAGCAUGUAAUUAUACUGGCGCUAAAGCAAGAUCCAAACUGGUCCAGUUACUUGGAUAGACAACAGGUCUGGAAUCAGUCGCGACCACCCUGGCUCAAUGCAUUGAUAAAACCGCUGUUGAUAAAACCGCUGAAGACCAUGAUGCAGCCGGUGGUCGAGGUGCUUUUAGAAGCCGUGAAAACAGGUGCCAGUAUAUAUCAAGCCAUGUCCCUUGCGAUCGGUUGCUUCGCCGAAUUAUACGUGACCGCCUCGACUCCGGUUUUACGUGCCGCGUUCGCGUUAAACGACAACAUCCCCGCGCACUGUCGCCCGAUCGGUGGCAACGUGCUGCUCCAGGUGUUGUGCGCCGCUCUGUAUUCCAGCCUCCUGGACGUGUCCACGAAGGGCAAGAACGAGUCCCAUGGUACACCAGGUUCCGAGGACACGUCCUGCGAGCUGAGUCCUUUCAAUCCAUAUGACAGAUCCACCGCUGCAACAGCGCUCGCUGAAGCGAUUUGCAGCAUCGACGAGGACAAUAAGCACACGUCGCAGAUAGACUCCUUCCUGCUUCUUGUAAAGGAUAGCCUCAGCAGAGAGGAUCAGAAUCCGAGAAACGGCAAAUUACAGAACAUGGCUUGUGUCAUUGAGACUUACACGGACGAAUUGUUGUUCACGAAUAUCGGGCGACGUUCUUUAAAAAUUGCAUACGAAUAUUUAGUUCGUGCAUCCGACUGGGUAUUAGAUAAUUUACGUCGCAGCGAAGAGAGCAGGCAGAUAGAUUUGAUUAAUCUACCAGAAAUCUCGCCCAUCGUGAAACCUCUCACACAUAUAAUGUUUCACAUCGAGGACACGUGUUUUGAUCAAUUUAUGGCUAAUUACGAGGCGACAAACUGGUCAAGGGCAUUAAUGAUGCCUCUAUCAAUUACUUUGGAGCGUGUACGUAGUCAACUUCUUUUAAGACCGGAAUUCAAGAACGUCGGGGAUUUGAGCCAUGAAGAUAAAGAAGUGGCACAAUCUAUCAAAAGGAUUUGCUCAUUUGUCAGGUCAGCACGUUUCAAAUAAGUCAUUCGCACGCGUCAAGUAAUAUAUUUCUCGUAUAAUUUAUUAGAUAGGCUCGUAAUUAUGUAUUAUAAUGAGGCUUUUAAUUCUGUCAAAUAUAUAUAUACAUUUGCCCAAUAAAAUGACAAAAUGACUCGAAA